UCAAGAAAAAUGUUGAUCAAUCGUCAUUCAAGAAAAAAUAUGAAGAGGACCGUUAGAAAUAAUAACAAAGUCAUAAAAGAAAAUACUUCUUCUCCCAUUUUAUUGCUUCCCAACGAGAUACUUACUGAAAUUGUUGGAAGAGUUGCUUCUUCUUCCUUUAAAAGUUUAAUUAAUAUCAAAUUAAGUUGCAAGAUUUUAAAUGAAGUCGCAAAUGAACGAUUUGUAUAUCAGAAGGUAACGUUGGUAGACUUUCCGAUUGAACCUUGGUGGAAAAAGCAGACGCAAGAGAAGAAAAAGAAAGUUGCUUCUUUCAUGGAGCUAUGUAGAGAAUGUGGGAACACAGAAUGUUUAUACAGAAAAGGCGUGAUGGACUUUUUCAAAAACGAUAAGCCAGAAGUUGCAAUGGAAUUUCUGAAGCAAGCAGCAAACGGAGACCACUUUGGGGCAUUGUAUGUGAUUGGCAUAAUAGGAGUCUUUUUGGGGGGUGAAUAUAAGCAAAAAGGGGUGAAGUUGAUCGGGAUCAUGAAAAAAACAGAGGCAUCUAGAAAAAUAACAAGGCAAUGUCGAAAAAGUUUAUUAGAGAUGUUGAAAACUAUUUGGGUGAAGAAUCCUUUAAUUUUGGGAAAAAGACCCGCUUGUUGCACUAUCCAACAUGAAAAAAACAUUCUCAGGAAUGGCUGGCUUGACAGGGACGAUGAACAUGCCCCCCACAUUCAUUGUGAUGCUUGUAGUUGUGAUGUAGAAAUUUCUUAUAUCCUUGAUGUUUUGCCUGCACGUUAGUAUUAUCUUUCGAUUAUGUAAUAUUUUUCGGAUCUGAACCAUGGAGAUAAGUUGAUUCGUUAUUUGUCAAA